GGAAGGGAUUGCCCGGGAGGUGCUGGAGUCACCGUCCCUGGAAGUAUUUGAGGAAAGCCUGGACGUGGCGCUCCGUGCCGUGGUGUGGCUGACACGGUGGUGUUGGGCCGCGGCUGGACUCGGUGAUCCCGGAGCCAUUUCCAGCCUCAUUGAUGCCGGGAUCCCGUCAGUUUCAGCCGGCGCGGGGCGGGCGCUGCGCAUGCGCGCCGGGCUCCCGCUGCGGCGCCUCGUCCGCGCGCCGCGCGCCCCCUGCUGGUGCGGCGUGAGGGGCCGGGGCCGCCAUGGUGGCGCGGGCGCUGUGGGCGCUGCUGGCGGCGCUGCGGGCGGGCUGGUGCCUCCUGCCGCAGAGCGGGUACCUGCACCCCGACGAAUUCUUCCAGGCACCCGAGGUCAUGGCAGGAGAUAUUUUAAACCUACAGGUCUAUUAUCCUUGGGAGUUCCUUUCCAGCUCUCCUUGCAGAACAGUUGUUUUCCCAUUAAUGACAUCAGGAAUUACGUACUGGCUGAUCAAGUCUUUGCAGCAAUUGGACAUAUGUUCAAGUUGCAUCAACAGCUACACUCUCCUUGUAUCUCCUCGCCUGCUCUUUACAAUCUUUUCUUUCAUACUCGACUAUAGUGUUUAUCGAUUGGCCUCUUUCUGGGGAGCAGAUCCGUGGAAAGCGCUGGUACUUCUCGCUGGAUCAUAUGUCACGCUGGUGUUUUAUACAAGAACGUUUACCAACACACUCGAAGGACUUCUCUUUGCUCUUCUCAUGGUACUGGUUUCUUCAAAGAAGCCUAGUGGCAGCUCAGCAGAGCCUACAAGCACCUCUCUCAUAGGGGUCAUAACAACUGCUGGGUUUUUCAACAGGCCAACCUUUCUGGCAUUUGCUCUAAUGCCCCUGCUUUACUGGGCCGGUUUAAUUGUUGACUCUCAGAAGAGCAUUAAAACUCUCAUAAAUCACUUUUUGAAGUUUAUCCUAUGUGCAUGUUUUACCGCUUUUGUUUUCAUAACCGCUGACACCUUCUAUUUUACCUCCGUGAGCUUAGACAACCUCUACAUAACCCCCUUCAAUUUUCUCAGCUAUAAUCUUAAUCCUCAUAAUCUUGCACUGCAUGGAACUCACCCGCGAGUUACACAUUUUACAGUCAACGGAGUAAUGCUCUUUGGGAUCUUACAUAUUCUGGCCAUUGGUGCGGGCUUUAAAAUGCUAAAGAAAUACGUCCAUCAGUUAAUGCUGGUCAGAUGGUGUUACCAUGGGCCUCCUGGGUUGUUGUAUUCCGAGGGCAGUCCAACAUUGCUGCUGUUUUAUUUUGUGCCUUUGGCAUUUCUCUCUCUGUUCAGUCACCAGGAGCCUCGGUUUCUCAUCCCUCUCAUCCUGCCAUUGGUCCUGCUCAGCGCGUCACCAAACAGAGCCGUAAAAUGGAAACUCCUCAUUGUUCUGUUCAACCUUCUGGGGGCACUUCUCUUUGGAUGUUUACACCAGGGAGGGCUCAUUCCCUGUUUGUUUCACUUGGAGCAGCUCAUCCAUUCUCCAGCGUCCUCAAGCCAUCCGCAGCACUACACUCUGCUCUUUGCGCACACCUACAUGCCUCCAAGGUCUCUGCUCAAUAUCAAGCAGACAGAUAUGCAUGUGGAAAUCAUUGACAUGGCUGGGGCUGGAGAAGAAACCCUUUGCCAGACAGUAGAGCAGCGAGCAAGCAAUUCUACCUGCAGCAACUGUCACAUCUUUAUUGUAAUCCCUGGUACAGUCAGAGCCACAAUUACAAAAUGUGGUGUCUCAUUCAAGAACGAGACUUUGAUAUUUCCUCACUUAUCAAUGGAAGACCCACCACAAAUACCUGUCCUAUCCAGUGGAAAUUGGAGGAGUCAGUUAGGACUUUACAUCCUUGAGCUAAACAGAGAUCAUCAGACCCUUUAGAUUUUAGGAGAACAAAGUUUUAGUCUUUUACCUCAUUUGGGUGCUGUCUGAUGGUGGCGUGAGACGUUCCUCUUUCAUACACCCACCUUUCAGCACCAGCAGUGGUGCUGGGAGCUUUCCAGCAUCUCUUUAUUCCCAUUCCUCAUGCUCUUAGGGUAGCCAGUUCUGGAUAGAACCUGCUUAAAAUUGGACUUACUCAGCCCUGUGGUGUUUUAUAUGAACUUUUGUAAUUCUCCUGAUGAGAGAGGAUGAAAUCAGAGCCCACCAAAACUGUGAUUGAAGCUUAGCUGUUUCCCUGAGAUUUAUUUUUGAAAGCUCUUUUAAUCUCUGACAGGGUUUGGGGACUGUGGGGCAUUUACUGAUAAUAGGCAUUAAUUCAGCUGCUGAAGAGAGGUUACAGGGUUAGACAAAAGCUCAUUUGACUCAGUAAUCUUUUAUUUUAUGUUCUUAAAAAUUCAUUAGACCAGAUGGCAGUCACAGUACUGUACCACUGCCUUGGGUGGGUCUGUCUUGAAAAAUCCCCAGCACUGAUCUGGCAGAAUUCUGAUUUAGAACAUGGAGGAUGCUUCAGCCUAAGUACUUGUGCUAAAUCCUAAAAUCCAAGCUUUGCCUCUUUAGCCUUCCUUGCCACAGUUCCAUCCUCGUGAAUGUGCUACUCACGUACCGCCCCGGGCAGCUCGGGAGGGCAGCACUGUGAUGGCAUUAAGCGCGUGCGGUGUUCUGCGGCUGCAGCUCGGGCACUCCUUCCCUUGUGCGCUCCUGCCACUCGUCUCGUAGCUGUUGCUGCUCUGUCAUGACUGUCACCCCAGCAGAGCACACGGCAGGUCCUGUGGGAGCUGGAUCGAGGACCUGUGCAGACAAAGCAGGUAACUGGGAGGCAUUCAAUCCUUUGUGCCACUGGACCAGAAGCAUCUCUGAAUGGGCUCAGCAAAGCCCUCUACAGUUCUGCUGCUGCGCAGGGAAGGCAGCCUCGAGGGAGGAGCAGCAUCCCCUGUGCCCCCUCCUAGUGCACUAACUGCUCCCCAUUAAAUCAGCUCAGUGGGAAUGACAGCUCUUAUCCUGGUUUUCUGCUGGAGAGCAGUCUCUUUUCAAACCAGACCAACAACUGGGCUUCAGCUGACAAUGAUGUAUAUGCUCAACAGCACAGCAUGACCUACAAUUUUUGGUUUUCCCUACAUGAACUUCUGGAUCCAAAACAUCCUGACUUGCACAUGCGUUGU